AUGGCUGCUGCUGCUGCCGCAGCGAUGGCGCAUCACCAUCAUCAUCAGCAACAACGUCAUCAGCAGCAACCACUGCCGAACCAAGUCCUUUCAGUCUCGCCUCUUCAUGCAUCUGGGCAAAGUCACGCCUCUCUUUCUAGCCGGCUACCUGGUCAACUCGGUUUUGCCUACUACAAUACCGCAUCUCCGGCAUCCUCUGCAGCAGCCGCCGCAGCCGCUGCCUCCUAUUACUAUGCACAGACGUGCCAUUAUCAUCCGCCGCCAAGUAGCCUCGUUUCACCUCUACCCCCAACUCAUCAGACUCACUUGGAUGGUCCCAUGAGACAAACCUUUCUGUCGCCUGCUGGAAAUGUUUCCCCUUACUCUUCUUCUACUCCUGGGUACUUCCUGGCAGGUCGUGACAGCUCCCAAGCCCCUCAUUUUACUCAUCUUCCGGGUCCAAUGUUGACACUACUGUCUUCUUCAACCCCUCAUCCACUUCACCUUCUUCCACCUACUUCUCCUCCUCCUCCUCCACCUCCUUCUCUUCUUCCACCCCCUCCUUCGGGGCCGUUUUUGUCUCAGGCCUCAGCCACUUCCACCUAUUACCCAAUCUCGGGACUCACUUCUCCCUCAGGAAAACUGAAGACUUCUUCUUAUCUCCAAGCCGAAUUUCCACUGCUUGAGCCUCAGCUGCCUGCAUCUACGCAAGACUGUACCUCUGCACCCACUGGCUAUUCUGACUUACAGACCGACCGGAAGGCUUCACCCACAGAGGAUAGCGGAUCGAGUCUACAUCAAGCAUCUCUCUCUUCUUCCUCUUCUUCAACCACCACUUCUCCUCAACUAGCAGUAGGAAGCCAUCGCUCUGACAUGAAUCCAGCACUCGCGUGUCGACAGAUGCUUCCUGGAGAUGAUGAGGCCCAGGGCCAUGGAGACGUCGAAACAAGUUUGGAUGAGAGGUUGCCAACGCCUUUGAGUCCUGAUUGUGUCCUUUCCUCAAAUGGUUCUGAGACCAUUCUCGCGAAGUCUGCGGCCAUACAAAGUCAAGAUCCUAUUUGCAGUGGAGCUCGGAUCUUUGAUAUUUUGGCGGAACUUCUAGAGCUAGCACAAACCACCCAAGUGCCUUUCCUAUUAUGUAUACCCAACGUCCGUGCUUUUGUGUCGAUUUAUUUCUACCUGGGCUAUUCAGGCCACUAG